AUGGAAAAUGCCAAAAUCAACUGUGCUAUUGUUUUGUUACUUUGUUUUUCUGUUAUUCAUCAACACGUGAGUGCUUUAGACAAAGGUAAACUUCAAGUCGACGGGGAUAUAAUUUUCGGAGGACUUUUUCCAAUGCAUGAGAAAGGUCAACAAGGCAAUAGCUGUGGAAAAAUUAAAAAAGAAAAGGGUAUACAACGUUUAGAAGCUAUGUUGUUUGCAGUUGAUAAGAUUAAUAAGGACGAUGAGUUGUUACCUGGUUUAAAUCUCGGCUUGCACGUACUGGAUACCUGUAGCUCGGACACGUACGCGCUCGAGCAGUGCAUGGAUUUCAUCAAGGCUCAAUUGACCACCAUAGACAUUACGGACUACCAUUGUGAUAAUGGAAGUACCCCGAAAUAUACCCCGGUCAAACCUGUGGCGGGAGUGAUAGGUGCGGCUUCAAGUACUGUGUCCAUCAUGGUCGCUAACAUUCUGAGGUUGUUUAAGAUUCCUCAGAUCAGUUACGCCUCCACCAGUGUCGAUUUGAGCGACAAGUCCAGAUUUGAAUAUUUUUCCAGAGUUGUGCCGCCAGAUUCUUUCCAAGCCCAGGCUAUGGUUGAUAUCGCCAAGUCAUUCGGUUGGACAUAUGUCAGUACUCUGGCCGACGAGGGAAACUAUGGGGCAAAAGGCAUUGGGGCCUUUGCUGAGAUUUCAAAGCAUCACGAUAUUUGUAUUGCCCAGCGACUGUCUAUUUCGCGUGAUUCCACAGACGAAGAUUUUGAUACUACUGUCAUGAAGCUAAUUGGUAAUGACCGAGCGAAAGCCGUAGUAAUGUUCGUCAACGAAGACAAUUCCAAGCGUCUUCUCCAGGCGUUGAUGCGCUCAAACCGAUCCGAUACACUAUGGUUCCUUGCAAGCGAUAGCUGGGGCGCUAAGGUACAUCCGGUGUUCGGACAGGAAGUAGCUGCAGUCGAUGCGGUUACUAUCCUUCCGAAGCGACACGUUAUUGAAGAAUUUGAUGACUAUUUCUUGAACCUUUCCCCCAAACACAAUAAAAAAAAUCCUUGGUUUGCUGAAUACUGGGAAACAAUUUUCAACUGUAGCAUCAGCCGAGAUUCCAAGACGAGGAAACGCUGUUCUGGCAAAGAAAACCUCCGAAGCCUAAGUGUUGGUUACGAGCAGGAGGGACUUGUACAAUUUGUCAUAGACUCUGUAUACGCAUUGGCAUAUGCGCUACAUGAGCUACUGGCAGAUAAAUGUAAAGGACAAUACAAACAUUGUAACUUAUCAGGAAAGGAAAUUCUUGCCUACAUCAGGAAUGUUACUUUUCAAGGCAUAAGCGGAGACACUGUUCGUUUUAACGAGAAGGGAGACGGUCUUGGGAAGUAUGACAUUUAUCAAUACCAAGCCCGGGACGACGGACGCUUCGAGUAUGUUUUGAUUGGAGAUUGGACAGACAGUCUUAAACUCAAUACUAGUCUGAUCAAGUGGAGCAAGGAAACAGGUGAACUUCCGAAAUCCGUUUGCAGUGAUCCGUGUCCAUUUGGCUCCACUAAACUUGAAAAGGGUGAGAGCUGCUGCUGGGCAUGCAUUCAAUGUGCGGACAACGAAUAUCUUGAAGAUGAAUUCACAUGUACGGAAUGUCCGGAAGGAUUUCACCCGAAUGUGAAUAAAACCACGUGCGUUCGACUUCCGGUAUUACAUCUCGAAUGGGACAGCUUGUGGGUGAUUCUUCCCAUUGUGUUUUCGAGUUUUGGAAUCGUGUGUACUAUCCUAGUGGUUGCUGUGUUUAUUCGUUACAACUCUACACCAGUUAUCAUGGCGUCAGGUCGGGAGCUAUGCUAUGUUCUUUUAAUUGGGAUUUCCAUGGCUUAUGGAACCUCCUUGAUCAUGCUGAUCCGACCUUCCAUAGUUCUUUGUACAUUACGGAGACUUGGAUUAGGAGUGUCGCUGUGUCUUAUAUACGCUGCCAUGUUGACGAAAACUAACAGGAUAUAUAGAAUUUUUAACAACGGUAUCAAAGCAAUGGUCAAACGACCAUCAUAUACAAGCCCUAGAUCACAGAUUUUUAUAUGUAUGAGUAUGGUGUCUGUACAGAUUGUAGGAGGACUGACGUGGCUCGGCUUUGAAAAACCAGCGACUACGUAUGAUUUUCAACAAAGUACUUUCUUAGUUCUCAAGUGCAGAGCCAGCCAAAUCGCCAUCAUCGUAUCAUUGAUGUACAAUAUACUUUUAAUCAUCAUUUGUACCGUGUACGGGAUAAAAACACGCAAGAUUCCGCAAAAUUAUAAUGAAGCUAAAUGUAUAGCAUUUACCAUGUACAGCACUUGCAUCGUCUGGCUUGCCUUCAUUCCAAUCUACUUUGGGGCGAGUAGUGACUUCAAGAUUGAAGUUACCUCCCUUUGUAUGUGUGUGAGCAUUAGUGCCACGGUCGCGCUGGUGUGUUUGUUUGCACCAAAAAUGUACAUAGUGCUACUUCAGCCACAUAAAAAUGUCCGUAAGGGGGCGUCCUGUGCCAGCAACAAACCUUCACUGUCUUCACGCCCCUGUUAUGACCGCCAAAAUUCAUUCGGAAGCUUUCCACUACCACUUCCGAAUGGAGGAAUGUUUACCAACCCAGUUCCGGUGGCUCCUCCAAACACCCAAAUGACGCAGACAACUUUUAAUGACGUAUUCAACGAUAGCUUCGACGACUUAUCAUGUGAUGAAAUUACAGCGAUGAACAACAAUGAAGAACAACAAAUGGAAGCGGAUAUAUAA